AUGGCGACUCCUCGGAGGAGAUCUGCCAGGCUCAGCCGAAAGAGUUCCACUCCUGAUAGACUGUCAGCGCGAAAGACUCCUCUUCCUCAUAUACAACUGGGAUCCCUCGUGGAACGUGAUGAAACUCCUGAAGGCGGACCUCAAUCUACCCUUGACACCAUCGUAUCGUCCCCAAGAGCGCCAGCAGAUGCCAAAACCCAUGAACAACUCAAUCAGCUGUAUGCCGUCAAGACUCCUAAGACUCUUCCUCGUCUCGCCCAUGCAGAGAUGCAUCCAAAGGAGGUUCAUCAAACAACUACCAAUGCACCAGAUUCUGGUCUACGAUUAGGAUUUGCUGAUAUCUCACCCACAAAGACCAGCAACACACUUGCCGACGCUCAAAAUACCCCGACCAAAAGAGCGCCGCGGGCAAGCCUACCACAUCAUCUCACAGCUGCUGGCUUUGAUUUCAAGUUUGCUUCAGAGUCCCACCUGAGUGAAGAGGCUCAAAUGCUGAUGAAUAAUGUACGCGAGGAUGCGGAAAGAAUCAAGAUGCAUAUCCUAGCCGAAAAAGGUACUCAGGCACGCAAAGAUGAUGAAGCUAAGCGAUUGUUUGGUGGUGUCAGUGCCACUGGACGGAAGAUGGCCAAACCACAAGGGAAAGCGGGUAGGUUCAGUGAUGUGCAUAUGGCGCAGUUCAAGAAGAUGGAUUCAAUUGCCAACCAUCCAUCCUCAUUCCGAGCGAAGCCGAACUUCGCGCAGCCUACCCAGCAGUCGCUAAAGCGAAGUGGUUCCAAAGCUGGAUUGGAUGAGGCUGAGCGACCUCAAACUGCAGGAAAGGGCACUCUUGGUAAAUCUGCUCCCUUGUUCGGUCAAACAAACACAAGCUCCAACCCACAAAAACCAUUAUACAGCCUCUUGAUGGAGUCGAAUCGCCUCGACAACGAUGCGCCAGCAAAGAGACGAAAAUCCAUCUUUGGUGAUGUAUCUGCCGGGCGUGCUGCAAUGAAAGACGACGAAGAUGCGGUGUCAAGAUCGUCGACUCUACCCCGACCCAAAGGCGGACUGCCCGCGUCGUUGCUCACUCCUACCAAGGCCUCGCUGGCACGCUCAAACACUGCCAAAAUUCCUCUGGCUUCACCAGGCAAGGUCUCUCUUGUGCCUCGAUCGAAUAGUGUGAAGUCGUUGAAGGCGGCUGAUAUAAUGAAUUCAUCGUCUGAUAGUCCCGAACAAUCAUCUUCUCCGCCCAAGCAGGUUGGCUUGGUGCGGUUGGAAAGCACGAAAUGCAUGCGUCCUCUUCCACCACUCCCGACCAAUGCCCUUUCUAGCCCUGCCAAAUCUUCCAACAUUCCUACCUCGAAGCCACUUCCGGCUAUUCCAUCUCUAGCCUUAAGCCCCGGCAAGCCAAGUCUGAGCUCAAGAUUGCCAACCUUCCAAGGUUUGAAGUCAAUCUUACGACCCACUCGCCGAGGGAUCGGCAAGACUAUUCAGUCACCUACAAAGGAUACAUCAGCAGGCGACACUCCAAAGAGACCCAACACCGCAGCUCCCUCCGAAUCCGACUCCAUCAAAAAAGUCGACUUCACACCCAGCACCAAGUCCCGCUAUGCCGUCAAACUAGCAGCAGCGAGUCCCAGUCCCAGCAAACUUCCCCAAGCAGAUCCGAUAGGUAGGUCCGGGCCCCUUAGCCCUUACGACCCAGCAGCCUACACCCUCUCCGAGUCCAGCAACGACGACGCAGGUGAAGACGAAUGGGAAGACGCUGAAAGCGAAGUUGACUAUCCCGUCCUUCCCCUUGCAGCAAGUAACAACAACACCUCAGCAAGAGAUUUCACUGCGAAAGCCAAGGAUCACUCCCGUCGUGAAAGCAAGGAAUUCAAAUCCAUCUUCACUACGCUUGAACAUCCAUCUCGGUCUAACACCCCAACGACUCUUACAGACGUCAAUACCAAAGUCAACGUCCGAGGUGCGGGAGUGAUACCGCCUUAUCAACAACAAAAGCAGCAGGCUAACGUCGUUGCUCGCUCCCCUAGCAGCAAUGUUAAUAAUAUGCGGUAUACCGUGUCUGCUAAGCCCUCUCCUUCUACAAUUCGAAAAGUGAGGUCUUCGGGGGUAAGUGAGUUGGUUCAACCGUUCGAAGAUACGAUCAGAACUGUCCCGCAUGGAUUGCCCGGGAAGAAGCGGCGGAGGGAGCUGGAUGAUGAAGGGGAUGACGCGAAGGAGAACCGACGAGCCUCUAUCAUGCCUAAUGUUCCGGGCGCAUGGGAUAAUGGACAUUGGGAGGGCAAAGUGGUGGAUGUGGAUGAAGGCGAGAAGAGAGGUGGCAAACGUGCUAAGAUUCAACCGAAGCAGACAGAGAAGGAGGUUGGACAGACUGCAGCUGGCAAAGUGCUCAAGAAACCUAAUAAAGCGCGUGAGGCGGCGGCGAAGAAUGCUAAGGACAGGAAGUCGGGCUUUUCUGGACAGACUCAGGCUCAGGCACAGAAACAGAAACAGAACUUGGGUAAGGGUGGAGAGGAGAAGGAGAAAGCUAGCGGUGGUGGUCGUGUAAGUGGUGCAAGUGGAAGGGGGAUCUUGAGCAUGUCGAGAUUGAACAUGUUGAGUCGGCCCAAGGAGAGGAGGUAG